UGGAUAAGAGCCCUAGAAAACUAUGUCCUCAUCGUCAACUCUACUGCUUCUACUCACCGGACUCACCACACUGUCCGCGUGUCCAGUCUGUGACGUGGACGUCCCUUCCAGACCGGUUCCAGAACCGGAACCACCGGGGAUGCCGGGUAAUGUGACGACACUGUGUCUGGCUGGUCAGUAUUACGACGACAGGAUUCGCCAGUGCAAGCCUUGCCAAGAGGACUAUUUCAUGACUCUAUCUAUGGCCAAGUCUAGGAAAUAUUGGAGUUGUGUCCCUUGCUACCGACCAAAAGAUCUUGAAGUGGAGUUGGUCCCCUGUAACAAAACGCGAGACACGGAAGUUGUGUGUGAACCGGGGUAUUUCCUGCAGCAAGUAUCUGACUGCGCAUGUCAGUGGACUUGUGCGAGAUGCGGAAUCUGUGGGAUAGGAGAGCUCCUUAACCUCAACUACGAAACGGUGAGCUGUCAACAUAAGGAAGACACCCUGUGCUGUCAGUAUCCGGAAAUGACGUCAGACAACAGAAAAUGUGUAUACAACAUUUCAGGACAGACAACAGCGAUGUUUAAACAUACCACAGGACAUACCGACGGAGAUUAUAAACUCUUCAGCAAUAUACAUUUUGUUUUCUUCAUGAGUUUUAUUUGUAUUUUAAACAGAUGAAACAAGUAUAAAGGAUUAGAAUAAAGGAAUAUUUAAUUGCUUCGAGCUAGUCCACAUCAAAACUUAUUUAUUUCAAUAUGAACUGUUAAUUUCCUUAUCGCUAAAUACAAUUUUUUUUAUAAUCUUCCGAAACAGCAAUUUUUUGUAAGCAAAUAACUAGAUUUUAGUCACCAUAAAGAUGAAUUAUAUAGAAGUUGAAAUAAUUAUAUCGCAUUACUGCUCAAUUUAUGCCGAUUGAAAGACAGUUAGGCCUACUUAACUUUUUUUUAAAAAAAGCAAUGUUAAAGUUAAUUAACCUUGGAUAAAUAAUUAGUCCAAGUAGUCCGGUUUGGAGUUUAAAGGAUGCGAGUUAGUAUUGGUAUGUGGCGAAGUUUUUAAAAUUUAUUUUAAUUUACUUUUUUCUUAAUUAAAAAAAAAUAAAGGCAGCUUUUAUAGCGAGUGAAAAUGUUUGCACACAUAUUGAGGCACAAAAAAGGUGAGUUCUGAAUGAGAUUAGCGUAGUGUUUGUUUUAGAUUAGAAAAGUUUUUGUUUUAGAUUAGCGUAGUGUUUGUUUUAGAUUAGCAUAGUGGUUUUUUGUUUUAGAUUAGCAUAGUGUUUUUGUUUUAGAUUAGCAAAUUAUUUGUGAAUGAGAUUAGUUUAAUAUUUCUGGAAGAAAUAAGUAUAGUAUUUAUUCUGUUAGGGAAUUAGCUUGCUUUCUUUAGAUGUUUUGAGUUAAGCUAUGUACCAUUGAAUGUGUGUGUUUGUAGGUAAUAAAAAACGACGCAUGAGUUGAAAACAGCAAUAAAUGAGUUGUAUUUUGAUUAUUGCAAAUAUCAUUUCAGAUCAUGUUUUUGAUGUGAAUAAAGAUUGUUAUGCAUUCA